AUGGGAACGGAUAAAAUAAACCUGUCCUAUGAAAAUAACUAUUUUGGCGCGGUUGAUACCUUAAAACUUUCGUUUUCGUACUCGUUCACACUGCCGAGGACACUAAAAAACGAUGCAAUAUUUUUGCAAGGUUAUGACGCAACUACGGGCGGGGAACCUUUGCGGAAAUACUAUAACUGCGAAUACAAGCGCAACGGCGUGGUUAUCAUUAACGGCAAAAUUUGCGUUAACGAUGUGACCGCGCGCGGAUAUUCUUGUAAUUUGGUUUGGGGACUUGAAGAACUGCGUACAAUGGUAGAUGAAAAACUAAAAUUGUGGCAAUUACCAGCGGGAACCAGCCAUCAAAACGACAUUUUACCUGUAUCGUCAAACCCCACGCCCGACGAACGCCGAUUUUUUACCAGCGGCACGGGUUUUUUCGGUUUUGCUGACUAUUACCCCAACGCGUCACGCGAAACGUGUCGUAUAGCGGGUGUGCCGUACACGUUCCCCGUUAUAAACGCGCAAUAUGUUUUAGAUUUGAUAUACCAGCGUUACGGCGUUUCGCUUUCGUUGCCGCAAGACAAACAACACAUUUUGAAUAACAUGGUUAUCGCGUUAACGACCGCGUUAGCGUGGCGCGAAAACAUGGAAACCCCGCGCGGCUCCUUUAUUCUUGACAAGCAAUUUAGUGAGCAAUACGGGUACGAAUAUCAAUAUUUAAUAAACAAGAACGCCAACGGAAUUGUUUACCAGCGGCACGACCCUGUAACGGGACAAUAUAUGUUAACCGCUUCGCAAAAUUGCACGCUUAAAAACGUACACAUUGAGUUUACAAAUAACGUCCGUUUUAACAUAGAUAGCGACGUUUUUGGUUAUCACGUUGCGGAAUAUGACAACGCGAGGGCGUUGUGGGUUGUAAUGCUGGAUUUUAAAGAAAUCACUUUUAACGAGAGCGAUGACUUUUUUAUUAAAGUUAACAAGCACGACGGCACGGCAGACGUUUUCCCGCAUGAGUGGAUAAGAAACCUUACACUUUUGCAGUACGAUUUUGACGUAAAGGCAGACGGGCAAGGCAUCAAAGAUUUAGGCGCGUAUUUUAUCCCCGCGAAUUUGCCCGACAUGACCGCUAUUGACUUUAUCAAAGAAAUUUGCGUAUUUUUGGGCGUUGUUCCUACAGGAAUAACUCGCGGCGUUGCUGGUUCUAUUGUGUUAAAUUGCGGUGUGUUGGAUAGCGUUUUAACGGGCGAGGUGUCAAGCGUUGAAGCGGUAGAAAUUGAGCAAUUAACACCGCAUUAUAGCGACGCGGCACAAAGCAACGUUUUCAAAUUCGCUACAAAUGAACUGCAAACCAAUGAACGCGCGGGCGCGUUGCUGGUACAAGAUGAAACCGCGCAAAUAACAAAGGACUAUUUUACAAGUAAAUUCGCAUCGUUAAUGGGACUUAACGAAGUACCUUUGUGGGACGUUAGCGGCGGCGGUAGCGAGGAACUAACCGCCACACUUAAUGAACUCGCGCCCGUGCUUUGUACGCUGGACGAAACAAAGACCGCCGCGACGCUGGUACAGGGUAAUUUAAAUUUCAAUUUUAUUUUGGCAAACUAUUACGCCACUAAAAAAGACAUUUUAAACACGCCGUUAAUAGUGGACAUUGUCGCGCGCCUCACGCCUCAACAAGUCGCAAAGUUAGACGAUGCAAACGUGUACUACAUACCUGCGUUAAAAAAUUACUUUGUCCCGCUGAAUAUCACAACAAACGGUGAUACCUAUAAGUUAAAACUCAUUAGGUUAACGCGGGGUACAGCACCCACACCGCCGCCCGACCCCGAUAUUAUAGUUAUUACCGAUUAUGCGCAAUAUUUCCAGCCGUUCCACAUUGACGCGCACACAAACACGUAUAUUUAUAGCGGCGCACUUUAUACAGGCGUUGUAAUACCUAUCCCCGAUGACGUUGUAAGCAUAGAAAUAACCGCCCCGAAAUAUCACGCAAUACAAUACGCCCUAUUAACCGACGUUGACAACAUGGGGCAACACAACGCGCCACACUACGCACAAGGGUAUGACGAAUUAGUGAACAUUCCCGCGGGGGCGAUUGAAGCUCUCAUAAAAGAGGACAACGCAAACUAUUUAUAUUUUACCCGUUAUUUUGACGCUGGCUAUAAUCAGCCUAUACAAGCAGACGCGGCAAUAAAAACAUUGACCGAAUACAACAACGCCAUUGACACCACAAAGGCGCAAAUGGACGAGUUAAAACAGGCCAAUAAACAAGGCACGGAAGAAUUUACAAAACUUUCGCAAGUCCUCGCGACGCAAAAACGCGAGCGCAACGAAUUGCAAAAGGUUAUCCAAAACGAUGUUAAAUUACAACGCGAAGAAGCAACCAGCCUAAAAGGUAUGCGCGCGGCUCUUGCUAACCUUACAAAGCAAUAUGACGAGUUAGGCGCGGCAGAGCGCAACGGCGCGAAAGGUGACGAAUUGCGCCAGCACAUCAACAAAAUUACAACCGAAUUAAAGGCGGCAGAGGAAGAAACGCAAAGGUUUUACCGCAACGUAGGUAAUUACGAGCAAAGCGUAAAAAGCGCGCUUAAAGAAGCGAAAGAAGAAUUAACACAAUUGAAUUUUGCUUACGACAACAUGAGCGAGGCGGAAAAAAAUACCGCGAAAGGGCGCGAAAUGGCGCGAAAGUUAGAGGAACUAACCGAAAAGGCGGGAAAAUUAAAGGACGCAAUAGAUGCGGCAAACCUGCAAACAAAAAACGCCGCCAGCGACACGCGCGCGUUUGAUACGCUCAACGAGGCGGCACAACUAACGGCGGCAAGUUACGGGUUAAUGCAAACCGCCGCCGUCGCGUUUGGUGCCAGCGAAAAAGACGCGGAAGAAAUCACAAAACGCAUGGCGGUAGUUAUGCAAACAAUAAAUUCCUUGCAGACGAUACAAAACCUGUUGCAAAAGGAAUCAAACGUAAUGCGCGCGGUUAGCACCGUACAAACGUGGGCAAAAACACAAGCGGAAACAGCCGCCGCCGCCGCAACAAACGCACAUGGCGUUGCGCUGGGCGUGGCAACGGUCAAGCAAGCGGCAUUUAACGUAGUGGCAAACGCAAACCCAUACGUAUUGAUAGUAACAGGUAUUGUUGCCGUAGUGGGCGCGCUUACGGCAUUUAGUGGGGCAACGGACGAUGCAACCGACAAACUAAAUGACGCGAACACCGCCGCCGACGAUUUUGCAAAAAGCGUAGGCAACGCCGCGGGAAAAGACCUUGCCGCAAGCCGAAUAAUGUACAAUGCCGCCACCACAGCGGCAAAGGGUACAGAGGGACGCAAAAAGGCUAUUGAAGCAUUACAAAAGGCGUACCCGAAUUAUUUCGGCGACUUAAACUCCGAAACCGCCGCAAUUAGCGACCUUACAACCCGAUACACCAAAUUAACGAAAGCCAUUUUAGCCAACGCCAUCGCACACGGCGCACAAGCACAAUUAGAAAAGGAAACCGAAAAACUAGCAGAACUAAACGCAAAACUGCAAAUGUUGCAGAAACAACGUGACGCGCUGGGCGGCAAGGCUUCAAAGGGCGGUUUUUUGGGUGGCUUAUUUGACAAUACAGACGAACUCGUUGCGGGCAACCUGUCCAAACAAAUUGCCGACAUACAAAAGCAAAUUGUAGACCAAAACGACGCUGUUGUAGCGUCAUUGGACUAUUACACCGAAAUGCAAAAAAAGGCGGACGCGUUCGCCAAAAUCAAGCCCGACAAAGACAAGGACAAAGACAAGGACAAAGACAAGGGAACAGGACGUACUACAAGCCGCGGAACAACAAAAACCACCGAGGAAAAAGCGGCAGAAAAAGCGGCGGCAGACGCGGCGAAACAUUUGGAAACUUUACGCAAUGAACUUUUAAAAAGUUAUGCAAAACUAAAAGAAAGCACCGCAAAAGCGGGGAACGAUAGCGUUGAAGACAUACGAAAUUACUACAAUUUGCAGUUAGCGGCGUUGCGCAUUCAUUUUGCGGAAUUGGGCGAAUUAAGCGAGGAAGAACAAACCGCUUAUGACGCAUUAUAUAAUAACAUUAUUGCCCAGCGCGACAAGGCGAUAGAAAAGUUUUUGAAAGACGCAGACAACAACGAGCAACGAAUAAAAGCGGAAUUAGCGAAACAAAACGAAGAAACGUUAGGUUUGCAAAUUGAGAACGCCGCCGAAAAUUCGCCCGAACGCAUGGCGUUAGAAUUGCAAUUACUGCAAAUGCAGUACGAACAAAAAUUGCAGUUACACAAAGGUAACGAGGAAAUGUUAACCGCGUUAACCGCCGAAAACGAGCGCAAGCGCACCGAAAUUAUGCAACAAUACGCAGAGGCGCAACGCGAAAUACUCUACAACAACGCUACAAAUGUGGCGGGCGCAAUGGGCAAUGCGGCGGCAAUGCUGGAGAAAUUCGCAGGCAAGUCCAAAGCGGCCGCCAUAGCGUCUAAAAGUUUAGCGGUAGGCGAAAUUCUCGUAAAUCAAGGCGUUGCGGUUGCAAGAGGUAUCAAACAAGCGCAAAGUGUACCAUUUCCCGCAAAUAUCGGCGCAAUUGCGUCAACCGUCGCGGCAAUUCUCGCGGGCGUAACGUCAGCAAUGCGUGCCGUGAAUAGCGCGAAAUUUGCAACAGGUGGUUAUGUUAGCGGCGCGGGAACCAGCACAAGCGAUUCAAUCCCCGCGCGAUUGAGCAACGGUGAAAGCGUGAUAAACGCAAAUUCAACCGCAUUAUUUACAGGGCUACUUUCGGCACUCAACCAAAUAGGCGGCGGCGUGCCAAUUCAAGCGGGAGAAACCGCCGCAAAUGUGGCGGGCGAAGCA